AUGAACGGAACACAAAGUUUUACAUUUUCAGCAACUUUGGAACCAUACUUGAAUAAUGUCAAGUCAAGAAAGAGACAAGCCAUCUUUCGUAUAUAUCUUGAUUAUCCGAAUUGUUGUCCUGAUGGUCAAUAUAAUACAGGAGUGCCAGAUUUUCUAUUGACAGGUGCUAAUCCAGUUACAUUUACAUCUUAUCCUGAUUAUGGUGGUGGUAAAUCACCUGAUUAUUCGAAUGAAAGAUUAGUUUCGUCCAUUGAACAAUUAAUUGCUGAACUUGCAAGAAAAUAUGAUGGAGACAAUAGAAUUGCAUAUGUUCAAGUUGGAAUUUUAGGAUAUUGGGGAGAAUUCCACACUUAUCCAAAUACUACAUUGAUGGCUCCAUUGGCCACAAGACUCCGAGUAUUGUCCGCAUUUUACAAUAAUUUCAAUAUUACAAAAUUAUUAGUUUCACAAGAUUCAAUGCAAUACUUUUGUCCACCACUUGCUGGAACGACUAAGAAUGCAGGAUGUGAUGUUUCGGUUACUUCAGCUCCGUAUCCAACAGUUUCGUAUCCAUCUAUUGGAUUCCACGAUGAUGCAUUUGCGGAUUCAACUUAUUCAGCAACCAGUGGUAAAGAUUAUUACUUUUACAAUAGAUUACAAUCUAGAAUUCCAGAUAUUAAUUCAUUCUUGACUGCUUCAAAUGGAGGUAAGGGAGGAGGAGUGAUGGGUGGUGAAUUAUAUCCAUCCUAUCAAUCGAAAAUAUUUAAAACAACUUGGACAGGUCAGGAUUUCUCACAAUGUGUUAAAAAGACCAAUGCUACAUGGUUGUUGAAUGAUUAUGUAUUUUCUACUUUGGCUAAUUCACCAACUACUGAAUGGUAUGCUGCAAGAAAUGCUUCAUUAAUGUUGGGUUAUGCAUUUACAUUGAGAAAUGUGGAAAUGACAAGUAUCACAAGUACUUCAUUGACUUUGACAUUUGGAAUGGAAAAUAUUGGAAGUGCACCAUUCCCAUAUUUGGAUAUUAAUUUGGCUGUUUAUUUGAAAAAUGCAACAACUAAAGCAUUGAUUGCUUCUAAUGAAGCUACUUCAAUUUAUCAAUUGACUCCUGCAAGUGGUUCACAAAAUAUUAAGGUAAAUUUAAAGUGGUCAACUCCAAUUACAACAAGCCCAUAUGUUUAUGUGAAUUUGAAGAGUAAGCAAGUUCCAUCAACCAUCCCAAUUGCAUUUGCUGUGAGUGGUGCUCCAACAGAUGGUUCAGAUUUUUUAGUCAUCUCAACUGUUGAGCAAAUUUCAACUAAUGGAACAACUCCUACCCCAUCUCCAACACCAUCACCACAAUCAUCUGUCAAGACAAGCUCUAGUACUGGAAAUAAUGGUGGAAUUAAAACAGGAAACUCUACUAGAACAGUUUCAGAAUCCUCCUUGAAUAGUUAUGUUUCAUCUUGGAUCAUAUUUGCCAUUUCUUUAAUUUAUCUGAUUUAUUAA